CAAUUUGACUGUACAGUACAUUGACAAAAACACAUACCUAUCUAUUUACAUAUAUAACACUUGAUAUAAAUAAACAUAUUGAAAGGGUUUGUUUUGUGUAUUACGUGUCUGUAUUAGACUCCAAACACGAUCCUUUUGGAUCUGUAAACAGUGCGCUAACUGGAGAACCGUGGAAAAACCUGACGGGGGCGCACGCACACACCUGCAAUCGUGGAAGCAGAGUUGAAGCAAACGAAGUGGUUACAGGCGGAGAGUGUGUAGGAGGACCCAACACCCGAACCACAGACACAAGAAUACGUGGGCGACAAAGAGGACUUGGUUGACCAGGAGCAAUGGCUGGAUCCGCGCUGCGACGCCUAAUGGCAGAAUACAAACAGUUGACACUCGAUCCGCCCGAGGGCAUUGUGGCCGGACCCAUCAGCGAGGACAACUUUUUCGAGUGGGAGGCACUAAUUGCCGGACCCGAGGGCACUUGCUUCGAGGGCGGCGUCUUUCCGGCUCGCUUAGUCUUUCCGCCCGACUAUCCGCUGAGUCCGCCAAAGAUGAAGUUCACGUGCGACAUGUUUCAUCCCAACAUAUUCGCCGAUGGCCGAGUCUGCAUAUCUAUACUGCAUGCCCCCGGCGACGAUCCCAUGGGCUAUGAAUCGUCCGCCGAGCGAUGGAGUCCCGUGCAGAGUGUUGAGAAAAUCCUAUUGAGUGUGGUUAGCAUGCUGGCAGAACCCAACGACGAGAGUGGUGCCAAUGUCGAUGCAGCUAUCAUGUGGCGGGAACGGAGAGACGAGUUCAAUACCAUCGCCCGACGACUCGUCCGCAGAACAUUGGGACUGCCCACAUAGAUGGCAAUUCGUCCACGGACUGGCACUGGAACUGGUUAGCCCACACUCAGACACCCAGACUCCGCCACCAACCCAAUACGAUCCCAUACCAACCCGAUUCCUGGAUAGCGCCUAGCGAAACCGAAACAGAACCGAAAGUGAAAACCGAAGUGAAAAAAUCAGCAGACAUGACGAGUUAACCCACAGUUCCAAACAACACCCUAAGACGUUUCAAAUUAGCAAAAAUCAAGAGGCCUAGCAAUAAAAUCGACUGUUAAACAACCCAGACAGCAGUGCGUCCCGUCUAGAGUUGUAUUCCCCGGAACUACUGAUAACGAAAGGCCUAUUAGCAGGCUGUUUGGAGAGACCAUAACUCAUUUGGAUUAUAGAACUUCAGUUGCCCAAUGGCCCAAAAGUAUCCCUAAAUUUUGAGAUUGUAAAAUUCAAGUUUUCUAAACGAUAAAAAUUGUUUUUGCGUGUCAGUCGUUCUCUGAAAUACUCGUCGCAGCCCUUCAUAGAACGGCCCGUUUGAGCCUUUUUCUCUAUAUAUCCUGCUGCUCUGUAAAUCUUUGAUUAAAUAGUUUAAAGACAACCACACACAAUUGUAUAUAACGUGAAAACUUUUUUUUUUUUUUUGUUUUUGGUGUUUCAGCGAGUCAUAUAAGUGUAAAAAUAUAUGUAUUUUUUGUCAAAUGUGGAACAAUGUGAAAGAUGUGUGUCUAGUAAAUAGGAAAAAACAGUUGUAGCUUUCUUCAGGGCCGAAGAAUUCCCUUACAUUCUCUUUUUGUAACCAUUCUCUGUAACGUGUCCAAUGCACAAAGGUCACUAUACACUUUACACCCCUAAAAGGGAAGGCGCACACACAAGCUUCUCAAACUUGUAGUUUCUGUUUAUUAUUAUGCAUUACGAUUGGUACAUUUAGAUUAAAUAUAUGUAUAUAAAAUAAGGCUAAAUCGAUAAGGUGCAAUGGACAGACAGACCACGUCUGUCAUCCAUUGUCCAGUUCCACUUCCAUUGUCCACAAAAUCCUAAAUUGUUUCUAUGUAUUCAUUAUAUAUAUAUAUAUGUUCUACCACGCAAUGUUGUAAAUGUCUUAUUUUGGUUAAGUAAAUUGAUUACAGUGUACCCUGAUAAGGCAUGUGUAUAUAAGGUGCGUGCACUCUUCAUUUUUUGUCUUAAAUUAAAUUGUAAUUAAUAACA